GAAUCGGCCCCUCCAAACCACCUUGAACUGAAUACAACUUAGGGUAACGCUCGUUAGGUUACUCAAAAUAUUGUUAUUGUUAUUAUUUAUUAUUCUUGAUUCAACUUGACUGGUCCUAGGAUUCUCCCUAUCAAAUUGAUUCUGUUCUUCGCAAAAUUUCCGUCUUGGUACAUCCUUCAAAAUGGCGACGGCCACAAUGACCAUGCCGCCACCAUCCAAACCCAAGGCGAACCCGAAGCUUGCUCCAGAGAAUGAACGAUAUAUGCGAGCUUGUUCCGAUAUUGCUAAUGUCCUUAUUCGAGAAUAUGAAACCCAAACAGAUCCCACGAAACCAAAGAAAGACCUUAAUCUCAACAGGCUGCGCAACCAGAUUGCGAAAAAGCAUUGCUUGGCCAAUCUGCCGCCUUUGACGGCGAUUAUCGCUGCUGUUCCAGAGCAUUACAAGAAGUAUAUCCUUCCCAAAUUGAUUGCGAAGCCGAUCAGAACGUCUUCUGGUAUCGCCGUUGUAGCUGUGAUGAGCAAACCCCACCGUUGUCCACAUAUCGCAUACACUGGGAAUAUAUGCGUCUACUGCCCUGGUGGACCUGACUCCGACUUCGAGUAUUCAACCCAGUCCUAUACUGGGUAUGAGCCCACGUCAAUGCGUGCGAUCCGAGCGCGUUACGACCCAUUUGAGCAAGCCAGAGGACGGGUGGACCAGAUCAAGGCCCUUGGGCACAGUGUCGACAAAGUGGAAUAUAUUAUUAUGGGUGGGACUUUCAUGUCGUUACCAGAAGACUAUCGCGAACCGUUCAUUGCCCAACUCCACAAUGCUUUGAGUGGAUACCAGACAGACAACGUCGACGAAGCAGUCCAGGCUGGUGAGAUGAGCAACGUGAAGUGCGUUGGUAUCACAAUUGAGACCCGGCCUGACUAUUGUUUGGAUACACACCUGAGCAGCAUGCUCCGGUAUGGGUGUACACGACUUGAGAUUGGCGUUCAAAGCUUGUACGAAGAUGUCGCUAGGGACACGAAUCGAGGCCACACUGUUGCUGCAGUCGCGGAAACAUUCAAACUUGCUAAAGACGCCGGCUUCAAAGUUGUCAGCCACAUGAUGCCAGACUUGCCCAACGUUGGGAUGGAGCGUGACCUGUUCCAGUUUCAGGAAUACUUCGAGAACCCAGCUUUUCGAACAGAUGGUCUUAAAAUCUACCCCACUCUAGUUAUUCGUGGCACUGGUCUCUACGAGUUAUGGAGGACUGGUCGCUAUAAGAACUAUACUCCCAAUGCUCUGGUUGACCUCGUGGCUCGUAUUCUUGCCCUAGUCCCUCCUUGGACUCGUAUCUAUCGUGUCCAACGAGAUAUUCCGAUGCCAUUGGUUACUUCGGGCGUAGAAAACGGCAAUUUGCGUGAACUCGCCCUGGCUAGAAUGAAGGACUUCGGUACAACAUGUCGGGACGUCCGUACACGCGAAGUUGGAAUUAACGAAGUCAAGAACAAAAUUCGCCCAUCCCAGGUCGAACUUAUUCGACGCGAUUACGCAGCUAAUGGAGGAUGGGAGACCUUCCUCGCUUAUGAAGAUCCCAAGCAAGACAUUUUAAUUGGCUUAUUGCGGCUGCGAAAGUGCAGCCCUACACACACGUUCCGCCCUGAAUUUACCGGCCAACAAACCAGUAUCGUGCGUGAGCUCCAUGUGUAUGGUUCUGCCGUGCCAUUGCAUGGACGUGAUCCGCGCAAGUUCCAGCACCGCGGUUUUGGAACACUGUUAAUGGAAGAAGCAGAGCGCAUCGCUCGAGAGGAACAUAGAAGUCAGAAGAUCAGUGUCAUUUCUGGCGUUGGCGUUCGCAGUUAUUACGCGCGUCUAGGCUAUACUUUAGAUGGCCCUUAUAUGUCCAAGCUGCUGGACCCUCUUGAUGACGAAGAAUCAUAAUGGCCAUCCCUGGAUAGCAUCUGCUGGUAUGAUUAUGACGAUGGACAAACAAUAUCCCACGAAAAGUUUUACUGAUUGGUAAGGAUUACGGCAUUGGCGUUCUGAGUGGCGGCUGUUUCUGCAUUCGAGAGUUACAGUCU